AUGUCAGUCAGCAAAGGCAGUGAACUCUCCAGUAAGACUUCCCAUCUAACUCCCUUCAGAUCUUCCUUGAUCACAAAUGUUCAUUAGCAUUAUUCAAAAACUGGGAACUCCAUUUCUUUCUUAGGCUCUGACCUGUUCCUCUCUUCGCUGCAGUUGGUGAUGAAUCAGAAAUUAAGAACAAGGGACAGCAGGACAAAAUCCACACAGUGGAGAAGCCAUAUCAAGAUUUGGAACAUGGAGAGAACUUCAGUCAGAGCUCCCAUUCCACUUCCCAUCAAAGAAAUCCUAUUGGGAAGAAACCCUUUCAGUGCCUGGAAUGUGGAAAGAGCUUCAGUCGGAAGAAUAGUCUUACUUCCCAUCUAAAUAUUCAUACAGGGGAGAAACCAUAUCAGUGCUUGGAAUGCACAAAGUGCUUUGCUGCAAGAAAAAAGCUAUGGCAACAUAAGAGAAUUCACACUGGGGAGAAACCAUAUCAGUGCCUGGAAUGUGGAAAAAGCUUCAGUUGGAAGCAUAGGCUUACUUCCCAUCAAAUAAUUCAUACAGGGGAGAAACCAUUUCUGUGCUUGGAUUGUGGGAAGAGCUUCAGGAAGAGGACCUAUCUCACUUCCCAUCAAAGAAUUCAUAGAGGGGAGAAACCAUUUCAGUGUCUUGAAUGUGAGAAGUUCUUUACUACAAGAAGAGACUUGCAUCAACACAAGAGUAUUCACAGUGGGGAGAAGCCAUUUCUGUGCUUGGAAUGUGGGAAGAGCUUCAGUCAAAAGGGAAGUCUCACUUCCCAUCAAAGAAUACAUACAGGGGAGAAACCAUUUCAGUGCCCAGAAUGUGAGAAGUUCUUUAGUACAAGAAGAAACUUACAUCAACAUAAGAGAAUUCACAGUGGGGAGAAACCAUACCAGUGCUUGGAAUGUGGGAAAAGCUUUAGGAAGUGGACCUAUCUAACUUCCCAUCAAAUAAUUCAUACAGGGGAGAAACCAUUUCAGUGUGUGGAAUGCGAGAAGUUCUUUACUACAAGAAGAGACUUGCAUCAACACAAAAGAAUUCACACUGGAGAGAAACCAUAUCAGUGCUUAGAGUGUGGGAAGAGCUUCAGGCGGAGCUCAUGUCUCACUUCCCAUCAAAGAAUUCAUACAGGGGAGAAACCAUAUAAGUGCUUGGACUGUGGGGAGUCUUUUCCUACAAGCAAAUACUUCCGUCGACAUCAGAGUAUUCACAGCGGAGAGAAACCAUACCAGUGUGUGGAAUGUGGGAAGACUUUCUUCAGGAAGGAGAGUCUCACUUCUCACCAAAGAAUUCAUACAGGGGAGAAACCAUUUCAGUGCUUGGAGUGCAGGAAGUGCUUUACUACACGAAAAGGCUUCCAUCGACAUCAGAGAAUUCAUAAGGGAGAGAAACCAUUUGAAUGCCAAGAGUGUGGAAAGAGCUUUAGUGACAGGUCCCAUCUUACUUCCCACCAAAGAAUUCAUACAGGGGAGAAACCAUACCAGUGUGUGGAAUGUGGAAAGAGCUUCUCCAGGACGGACAAUCUUACUUCCCACCAAAAAAUUCAUACAGGGGAGAAUCUAUAUCACUGCUUGGAGUGCACAAAGUGCUUUACUACACGAUAUGGGUUCCAUCGACAUCAGAGAAUUCACACUGGGGAGAAACCAUUUGAAUGCCAAGAGUGUGGAAAGAGCUUCAGAUGGAGCGCCCAUUUCACUUCCCACCAAAGAAUUCAUACAGGGGAGAAGCCAUAUGAGUGCUUGGAAUGUGGGAAGAGCUUCAGUCGGAAGGAUCACCUUACUUCCCACCAAAGAAUUCAUACGACGGAUAAACCCGAAUAG